AAAGUAGAUUGCUUUAUUUAUUCUUCUCCGGAUUUGAUAUAUUAUACUUGUGAAAUACAUGAUGGAGGUAAAAAUGGUUAACUUGUGUAUUGAGUUGCAUGACUUUUUUGUUUCUUGAAAGGUCUAUAUGGAUUCUGCUGAUAGGAGAGGCUGGGAUGGACUUAUUCCUGAUGUUCUUGGAUCAAUCUUCAGCAAGCUAUCCCUAGAAGAUGUUUUGACUGUGGUUCCUAGUGUUUGCAAGUCAUGGCACAAAGUUGUGAUGGGGCCUUACUGCUGGCAGAGUAUCGACAUUGAACAAUGGAGUGAUCAGCAGUCUCACCUUGAUCGAAUUGAACGGAUGCUUCGGAUGCUGAUCACCAGAAGUAAUGGCUCUAUGACCAAGCUCUCUGUCUCUCGUCUGCAAUAUGACCAUCUAUUCUCCUUCAUUGCUGACAAUUCUCGCUCAUUGCAAAUACUGAGACUGACUAGAAGCAAAAUCAGUGAUUCAAUCGUCGAGCAGCUUGCUGAUAGGCUUUCUGGCCUCACAUUCCUGGAUUUGAGUUAUUGUGAUAAAAUUGGAGCAAGAGCAUUGGAGGCCAUCGGAAAGCAGUGUAAAUUUCUUGGAGGACUGUGCUUGAACAUGCAUCCAAUAGAUGUUUUGGGAAAGCCUUCACAAAAGGACGAGGCUCGUGCCAUUGCCACUACCAUGACAAAGCUUAAGCACCUCGAGCUGACUUACAUUCAUCUUGAUACCACAAAUGUUGUAGAGAUUAUUAGCAACUGCCCAAACCUUGAGUUUAUUGAUCUCAGAGGGUGUUGGGAUGUGGAUCUCGAUAACUCAUGGCUAAAGGAUGAGUUCUCAAAGUUGAAGGUGUUAGGGCCACAUGUGGCGGAUCAUUUGGAAAUACAUUGUUGCUGGGAAUGCGAGGAUUCUUCAUAUUACUCAGAUUCUGUUUAUGAUUAUGAAAGUUGGGAUGAAUUCGAUGAUGAUGAUGGUACACUAGAGAUCAUAUUAUACGAAGGACAAGGCGAGAACUCUGACAAUGCUUGGCCUCAAUCUCCUUAAGUUUUUUAUUAUCUAUUAAGAAGAACUAAGAUAGCUUGUUGCUCGAACUUUGCAGAUCAUAUUUGUUCAUAUGUUACCUUAAGCCUGCGCUUCGCAUUCAUAGCGUAAUUGAAGUAGUUUUCUGUCAUCUGCUAUUCGUGUCACAUUAAUUAAUGCUUGUACAUUUUUUUGGUACCGUUAGAGAAGUAUUGAAUCAA